AUGAAUGCAUGUUUGAAGCUAAAGAGGAAAGACACAGAGGAGACCCCAUUUAUGAAGAAUGGAAGAAUGUUGUUAGAGGAGCGUAUCGCCCUUUUCAAUGGGAAAUGCAAUCCUAUCCGUUUCUUCUCUGCCAUGGAGCUCAGCACAGCAACAAACAACUAUGACGCAAGCAACUUUACUGAGAAGGAUGACGUGUAUUGUUUUGGCGGAAUUCUACUUGUGCUUUUGGCAGGAUGGAUGUUGAAUACAAACAGUACCACGUACAGUGAAGGCCAUCUAUUAGGCUGGGUGAAUGCCGGAUAUGAACAACGGUUGAUUGAAAUUGUGGAUCCGGAAUUGUUGAAAGAAAGUGUUGAUCAGCAGCAGUUUCUAACUUUUGCAAACCUUGCCCUGACUUGCAUCUCCAACAAACGAGAAGAUGGACCAACAAUCACUAAUGUGGGAAAACAACUCAGCCGGAUUUAUGAUCAGUGUCUCACACCACCUUAG